UCUACUUCGUUUACUCCGUGCAAAGACCCCCAUCUGAAGGAAAUGUCGCCUUCAGACGCCGAGUCCGCCUAUUUCAACAACUACCCCCCACCCAAGGCACUCCCCAAACAUGAGUCUCUGGCUAGAUCUUUCAUAAACUACCAUGUGGAAGCUAAUCGACGUCUCGUCCUUGUUACGUCCGGGGGCACAACGGUCCCAUUGGAGAACCAGACCGUCCGGUUCAUCGACAACUUCUCCGCAGGAACCAGAGGUGCGACGUCGGCGGAAUACUUUCUACAAGAGGGAUAUGCCGUGAUUUUCCUCCACCGGCAGUUCAGUCUGCUUCCAUAUUCGCGUCACUACAGCCACUCGACCAAUUGCUUCCUAGAUUUUAUGGACGAAGCCCCGCCAAACCCCUCCUUCGGUUCCGGCAACCCAGACCACGGCCCAAUUGUGGUGCGCAGCGAAUACCAGGAUGAGAUGCGCGAUGUGUUGCGCAAAUACCGAUAUGCAAAACAAAACAACCUGCUUUUGCUUCUACCUUUUACCACCAUCUCCGAGUACCUGUUUGAGCUGCGCAUGCUUGCCAAGUUGAUGAAACCCCUUGGCCCCGAUGCGCUGUUCUACCUGGCUGCGGCCGUCAGCGACUUUUUCAUCCCCCGCGAUCGCAUGGCAGAACACAAAAUCCAAUCGUCGGAGCUCCCGCCGGAGUUUACAAAUAAUGAAGAAGCGGUGGACGCGGAGGACAUCUACACAGGAGGAUUCGAAACGACACCCCCCACCCACAGCAAGAAACUCGUUAUCAAUUUAGAUCCGGUACCGAAAUUCCUCCACCAGCUAGUCGAGGGUUGGUCGCCAGAUGGAAGCAUGAUCGUCUCCUUCAAGCUUGAGACGGACCCCAAGCUGUUGGUAUACAAGGCCCAAACAGCUCUUCAGCGGUAUGCGCACCACCUGGUGAUUGGGAACCUGCUUUCGACGAGGAAGUGGGAGGUUGUCUUUGUCACUCCGGACGCACCAUAUGAGCGAUGGAUUCGAGUACCAAAGUCUCGGCGCAGUAAGAGCAUCUCGGGUGUUGAAGACCAAGUUGGGUUGGCAGAAGCAGAAGCACCAAGCCACCAUGAAGGCGUUUCGCCCCAGAUCGGGAAGACUGAGAGGACUGAAGAACACGGACAGAGUCCAAAUAUUGACGGGGUGGAGAUUGAGGGCUUAAUCAUCCCAGAGCUGGUCCAGCUUCAUUCCACCAUGAUUGUGAAAUACAACAGCAAAUAAAUAGAGUCGCAUCUCUCCGGUUACUGUGAAUCAUAUUUUAUAAUGCGCAUUUUGUUAUGAAAUCCCAUUCUUCCGUUUAGUCUUAUUCUUCUAGCAGCGCUUGAUAUCGCCAGAUGGGACAGGGGCUUGAAAUCUCUCUCCAGCAAUCCAUCUCAUUUUUGGCCCCCGGAGCAGCUCUCAUCCCGCUCGACGCCAUCAGUGUUUUCUCAACGUCUCAGGUGCCUUGACGUUGCGAAAUUGCUGCGCCGCAUGAAUGUCCUAGAAAAUCCCUGGCUAGGAGCUGAAGCUCUUGCUCAAAAUGCCCUGAGCCAGCCUCCUUGUAUACAAACAUUCA